GACUUGUGAACCGAUCGGUACGAAUAUUGUGGCUAUGGCGGCUCAGAGAGGGGCUAAGCGGGAGUGUUUUGUGAAGCUGAAGCAGCAGUCUCCCUUUCUGCUGCCUGCCUCCUUCCUCUCCUUGUGUCGGUCUUCCGCUCCAGACAGCUCUCGGGCCUUUGUUAGCAUCCGCGUCAGCGGGGACCUGUGAUGCUGCAGGCUCGGUGGAUGAGCUGAGAGCCCCCGGGUGUUCACUUGUAACGUAAUAAUAACAUUGUGGGGGACUACCGACCCCGUUUGAGAUCGUUGCGUGACGCCCGUGUUUAGCAGCCGGUUUGAGCUUGUGACGGGAGGCCGUGUUAUUGUUGGUGGACACGGGCAGUGAACCCUCCGUAGCAGGUCCUGGAUCGGGGUGAGUGGACGCGGGUGCACGAGAGGGAACAGGUGCCUCAUACGGCUUUCUGAAAACACAUUUUACGUUGUGUUUUUGUGUUUAGUAUUUAGUUGCAUCGAGACAAACAGACGCUUUUCUCCUGUUAGCUGCAGGUUGGUAUUGUCACACCCCUCUGUGUGUGCCCGGUAUGCGGUGGAUUGAUCCCCGGUGUUGAAUGGUUUACCCCGGGGAGAACUCUGCCCGUUUCCGGGUGCUGAGGGCAGCUCUCGUGGUACACGGAGCCGUGUGCGUCUCAUCGUCUUUGGCRGAAUGGUAGCGCUGGGGUGGAUUUCCGGGUGUUUUCGCGCACUGGAGUGAAGAGAGCUGACAUUUCCUUGUUGCUGAAUGAAAAGUGACAGAGGGAAAACAAAGGCAGGACUGCAUUAUGUGAACGAUAAGUUGUUGAGCAGGUUUGUGUGUGUGUGUGUUGUUUUUUUUUUUUUAUUCUUUUCAGGAGCUGUUCAGCGCCUGGUCGGGUCUUUGAGGGGGGUGUAUUUCUGUGGGUUUAGCAGACUCAGAGAAAACUGGUGUGUUUGAAGAUUCCCAGUGUCAGAGUGUCACACAAAGGCUGUGGUGGAAUGAGCAGUGUGUGUGUGUUGAAGAGGAAAGCAGUGCUCUGGCAGGAUUCAUUCAGCCCCCACCAUAGAAGUACAUCUCCCAGCAUGCCUGUGGUGCUGAACAGCGGAGGACAUGCCCCACCAACUGGACAGACCCCUCAGGCCACACCCCCCAUCCAGCAGGGUGUGGCGGGGGCAGGCCGGUCCCAGGACGAUGCCAUGGUGGAUUAUUUCUUCCAGCGGCAGCAUGGGGAGCAGCCCGGCAAACACCGCUGGCCCACUGGAGACAACAUCCACGACAGUCAGGUCCGGUCCAUGGAUGAGCUGAACCAUGACUUCCAGGCUCUGGCUCUGGAGGGGCGAGCUAUGGGAGAGGUGAGCAAUCAGCUCCUUACCGGGAAGAAGUUCUGGGAAACGGAUGAUUCUGGGAAAGACGGACCCAAAGGGAUCUUCUUGGACCAGUGGCGGGACAGUGCUUGGGGGGCCUCAGAUCACUCUGUCUCUCAGCCAAUCAUGGUGUCCCGUCGGCCGGGGCAGGGUUUCCAUGGCGGAGGGGAAGUCGGGGUGGGCUCAGUGAUGUCGCCGCGGUCCGAAAGCGGGGGGCUGGGGGUUAGCAUGGUGGAGUACGUCUUGUCGUCCUCGCCGGCGGACAAGCUGGAUUCCUGCCUCCGAAAAGGACCUUAUGGACAGAGGGAUGGAGAGGUGGAGGAAGAGAAGAGAGAGAAGCCGAAGACGACGUUUGAAGGAGAGAAGCUAAAAGAGUUGACAGAGAGUGAAUCGGACGUGAUCAGCGACGUCAUCAACCCGAACGGGCUGCCCGUGCAGAACGGCCUGGACGUGGACGUCAAGGAGUUUGGCCGUCCCUCUGGGAGCAUGCCUCCCCCCGGCCCUGAGGGCGACCUGCUGGGAGGUCCCGGGGGCGUCGGGGCCGAAGGCUUGACUCCCCUCGGAGGCGGCGGCCCCAAACCUCCCGAGGACUUCUCCGGCGUGGAACAAGGUGGCGUCAGCAUGGACCCCAUGGAGUCGGUAAUGGAGCCGCUGCAGUUUGACUACAACUCUCAGAUGCCCAUGGACUCGACGCCCACUGUGGGUUUAUUUGAUUAUAGUAACCAGCAGCAGCUGUUUCAGAGGAACAACGCCCUGGCUGUGCAGCAGCUAACAGCAGCCCAGCAGCAGCAGUAUGCACUGGCAGCAGCGCAGCAGCCUCACAUCGGUCUGGCCCCAGCCUUCGUGCCCAACCCUUACAUCAUCAGUGCUGCUCCACCAGGAACGGACCCUUACGCAGCCGGCCUGGCAGCAGCGGCCACGCUCGGYCCUGCAGUAAUGCCUCCUCAGUACUACGGCGUGACCCCCUGGGGCGUCUACCCAGCCAACCUUUUCCAGCAGCAGGCCGCUGCAGCCAACAGCUCAGCCAAUCAGCAGGCAGCGGGACAGGGCCAGCAGAACCAGCAGCAGGUGAUGCGCGCUGGAGGAAGCCAGCGACCUCUGACCCCCAGCCAGGGUCAGCAGGGUCAGCAGAAUGACCAGCUGGUGGCAGCAGCAGCGGUAAACUCGGCCCUCGCCUUCGGCCAGGGSUUAGCAGCAGGCGUUCCUGGGUACCCAGUCUUGGCACCUGCGGCCUACUAUGAUCCCACGGGGGCCUUGGUGGUCAAUACAGGAGCCAGGAGUGGCCCCGUUCGCCUUAUGGCCCCUGCCUCUGUCAUCAUGUCUCCCUCUGCAGCACAAGCAGUCGCAGCAGCAGCAGCCUCYGCAGGUGGUGCCAACGGCGGUCUGGGCGGAGGAGCGAACGGUCCGUUCCGUGCCAUGACGUCCCAGCAGCCUCAGCAGCAGGGCGGCCCCGGCGGCGCCCUCGGAGGAAGCUCUUUCUACGGCUCCUCGUCCCUCAGCUCCUCUUCCCAGAGCUCCUCCCUCUUCUCGCAGGGCUCGGCUCAGCCCGGGCCCGGGUCUGCCUCGCUGGGCUUCAGCCAACCUGCCUCCUCCUCCCUUGGUGCCACUCUGGGAGCCACGCUGGGGGGCUUCGGCACCGCAGUGGCCAACUCGAGCGGUGGCAGUGGUUCCAGGCGGGACUCCCUGACAGGCAACAGCGAGCUGUACAAACGCACACCCUCCAGUCUCACUCCCAUCGGUCAUGGAGGUUUCUAUAACGGCACCCUGGGCUUCAGUCCGUCUCCGGGCCCUGUAGGCAUGCCCCUACCCAACCAGGGCCCGUCCCAUUCCCUCACACCCCCACCCUCCCUGUCCAACCACAGCUCCUCGUCUAACCUCAAUCUGGGAGGCCUGACCAACGGCAGCGGCCGCUUCAUCUCCGCAGCCCCGGGAGCRGAGGCCAAGUACCGCAGCGCAGCCAGCUCAGGCUCCUCCCUCUUCUCCCCCAGCAGCCAGCUGUUCCCCUCGUCGCGGCUACGCUACGGCAUGUCAGACGUGAUGCCCUCGGGCCGGAGCCGCCUGCUGGAGGACUUCAGGAACAACCGCUACCCCAACCUGCAGCUGCGAGACAUCGCCGGGCACAUCAUGGAGUUCAGCCAGGACCAGCACGGCAGCAGGUUCAUCCAGUUGAAAUUGGAGCGAGCGAGUUCAGCAGAGCGUCAGCUCGUGUUCAGUGAGAUCCUGCAGGCGGCUUAUCAGCUCAUGGUGGACGUUUUUGGAAACUACGUCAUUCAGAAGUUCUUCGAGUUCGGCAGCUUGGACCAGAAGCUGGCUCUGGCUGAAAGAAUCCGAGGUCACGUGCUGUCUCUGGCCCUGCAGAUGUACGGCUGCAGGGUCAUCCAGAAAGCUCUGGAGUUCAUCCCCUCAGAUCAGCAGGUCAUUAGUGACAUGGUGCGGGAGCUGGACGGCCAUGUGCUGAAGUGCGUGAAGGACCAGAACGGUAACCACGUGGUGCAGAAGUGCAUCGAAUGCGUCCAACCUCACGCGCUGCACUUCAUCAUCGAGGCCUUUAAGGGACAGGUGUUCGCCCUCUCCACUCACCCGUACGGCUGCCGAGUCAUCCAGCGCAUCCUCGAACACUGCCUUCCUGAACAGACGCUGCCUAUUCUAGAGGAGCUCCAUCAGCACACAGAGCAGCUAGUGCAGGACCAGUACGGAAACUACGUGAUCCAGCACGUUUUGGAGCACGGCCGAGCCGAGGACAAGAGUAAAAUCGUGGCUGAAAUAAGAGGCAACGUGUUGGGACUCAGCCAGCACAAGUUCGCCAGCAACGUGGUGGAGAAGUGUGUGACCCACGCGUCCCGGGCGGAGCGCGCUCUGCUGAUAGACGAAGUGUGCAGCCUGACCGAGGGUCCCCACAGUGCCUUAUACACCAUGAUGAAGGAUCAGUACGCCAACUACGUGGUGCAGAAGAUGAUCGACGUGGCCGAGCCCACGCAGCGCAAAAUCGUCAUGCAUAAGCGUGUAUACUUGGUGUAGACCUUUGCAUAUAUAUAUAAAUAUAUAUAUAUAAAACUUUGUAGUUUUUCUGGUUUUUGAUGUUGAAUCUGUAUCUAAUGUAUCCUAGUAGUGACCACUUCUGACUGUAUAAUUGUACAUUUGUAAACCCUUGUAAUGUAAAAGUGCUUUACCACCCUUUUUUGGUAUGAGAAGAAAAAAAAAAAAAAAACGGAACAAAAAAAAUUAUUCUAGGAAAAAAAAUGUGCAUUUCAGUGUAUAUUCUCACCUCAUUGGUUGUGACAUAUGAGUUGUUGUAUAUUGUAAAUUGUAAUAUCAAAUUUUUUUGUUUUGUUUUGAGAAGCCCUUUCUAUUCAGCGUAGUACCUGUACAAAGACUCACCACGCUUGGUUUUAUCUUGAUCUCAUCACUGCUUAACUUAAAAUUUAAAAAAAUGUAAAAAAAAUCUCCCCGAUUGGAUCAGUUCUGUUAGAAUCUGGUGGGAUUUUUUUUUUUUUUUUKUAAGAUCUUUUUAUAGGAAUGCUUUACCUGAUGAUUUGCAUAUAAGUUUGCUGGCUGGGUGGGAGACAUAAAUUCACUCUUUUAACCCCGCUCAGUUACCCUCUACUGUUUUCAGGGGUAAAUCUAUGGAUUAUUGUACAGAGGAGAUUUUUUUUCUUUCUCAUUUUUCUCUAGUGCUGUAAGUGCUGUAUCAUACAUGUGUUUUUGGGUGAGAGAGGCAGCCUGCCACAGCGCAGUGUACAUUUGGAGCAGCCUUGUGUAUAUUUACUACGAGCACACCUGUAACCAUAUGUGUAUAGUUAACAGAACCUGUGUAUGCUUAUGCCUGGGCAACUAUUUUUUGUAACUCCUGUUGUAGAUUGUCUCUAAACAAUUGUGUGAUCUUUAUUUUGAAACCAAACUGAACAAAAAGCAAAAAAACUUUGAAAAUUUAA